ACAGCAUUAUCGUAGCGGGCAGGCCCGCGGCGCCCGGCGCACGAAUGCUCAGUUUCCUUCGUCUCCCUGCGAUGGAGCAGCUUAAGACGUCUGUUGACGUCUGGGUGCGUCUGGUUCAAGUGGUGUACCAUGAUUGCAGCCGAUUCGCCACUAUAUCAUAAGCCAUUUGUGGGAAACACCGAGUAACGUUAUCUCGUGAACGAUGAUGGUCGCGUGAUGAUGGUUACCAUCUAUAUGUAAUACCCGCGAAUAGUGAUUCCCUAGGCUAGAUUUGCUGUAAAAUAAAAAUGCUCACUGCUACGCCACUGCCCCUCAGAGGACAGUUUUGUUGUGCCAGAGCAAAAGGCAGCAAGAAGUGAGGAAGCUGCGGCGAUCGCGACAGAGAAGAGUCGUCAGCAGACCGCGCUAGCCUAGGCCCCGGCAGCAGCAGCAGCAGCAGCAGCACCGGCACGAUUGACGAGCUUCUCAUCAGCGCUCCGGUUCGGAUUCGGGACGCGUGGCGGCGCGAAGUCCUGGCGGGGUGUUGGCGGGAAAAUGAUUGAUCGGAACUCGUGGGCAAUCGUCAGCGUCUUCGUCGCCGUCUUCACCAACCGUCACCACCACCGUCGCCGUCGUCCGGAUCGUGAAGAGGAAGAAGCGCACGAAGGUGAACCGACGCUCCAUCAAUACCAUCGUCACUACCACUCCCAUCGUCCGCAGCUUCAUCAUCCGAGGGACGGAUGAUGAACCGUGCCACGACGGACUCCUCCUCGAGCGCAGGAAGCUGCUACCAGUUUCUCGAUCUUAGCGAUGCCGGCGAAUGCGAUGCGGCCACACUGAGGGGUCUCCUCUAUCCUUCCUCCGCCCCCAGCACAGCCACAGAUUCCAGGCCAGUCGAUGGUGAUGAUGGUAGCGUUUCCGUUUCCGCCAAUACUGCUGAUGCACGAACGGAUAAUGUUGCGCACACGGUCCCAGUAGUGGAGCAGUGCCCGGAAGUAGUAGGAGGUCCCGGAACAGCAUCCGUGGAGCAACAGCAUCCAAAGAGCAUGGGCAUGAAGCUGCUACUACCUCCAACGGGCAAUCCGAUUGCCCUGAAUCCGAAUGCGCAAUCGUUCGAUCCGAUGCUCAUGAUGGUGGUGGUGCCAGGACAGGACACAGGACCGCCGGGACCUCCGGGAGUGGAACCAUUGCUACCACCACCACCCACAGUAACCAAUUCAGAUCGCCAUCGGAUGAUUUCGCCAUUCACCAAAUCGAUUUCAAACGGAAGAAUGAUGCUUCCUGCUCCUCCUGGACCGCUGGUGACCAUGGUACUGCCGCCCGGUGCCGAUCAUUUGGUGCGCCCUCCAGUGACGCUACCGGAACCACCGAAGUCACAGGAUCAUCAGCCAGCAUCGGGAACAACGGCACUACCACCACCACCACCAUUACCAGCGCUGUUACCAACCCCAUCGCUUAGUGUCCUGGCCAUAGUUAAACCUCCAACAGCCACUGUGCAAGCGAAGCAACAACAGCAUCAGCUUCCCUCUUCUCCUUCAUCCGUCAUUUUCCAGUCAACCAUCGGCGCCGUACCAACGGCACCAACAGCACCACCAGCAGCGCUGCCGGCGACACCCGUGAACGAAACCACGCACCACAGUAGUUCAUUCGUCGUUAAUUCGGGCGGCUUAGUAGGCGACGAACCGUGGAUCGCUCACUCGGAUCAACGGAAGACGAGCGGUGGUGGAGCAGUAGCAGCAGCAGCAGCAGCAGCAGCAGAAGAGGUCGCAACACGAACCUGCGUCGUGACAUCCGCUGCAACCAUGCCUCCGCUCACAAACAACGCCCUCCAACAACCACCACCGCCGUCGCAGCAACAGCAGCAGCAGCAACAACCUCCUCCUUCCAAUCAACAACAACCACCGCAACAAGGACACAAUGUAAUUGUGCCAAGCGGUCGCGGUGGUACCGGUAGUGCUACCGGUGCCGGAUCUGGUGCCGGUGAUGGAAGAAUGAUUAGCGGAGGUGGAGGCGGCGCUGGUGGAGUAUCAGACGGCGGACGAAACGCUGACCGGGAGAAUGCUAACAACCAGCAGCUCCAAAGCAUCUCGGUCUCCAAUCAUCAUCAGCAGCAGCAGAUGGUUCCGCAUGUCUAUCAGCCAAUUCCGGCCUACAUGCAACCAGGGCCCCACGGGAUGUACCCGGUGCCAAUGGUACCCCAAACCGUCCCCAACAACAACGUGUACGUGAGCAAUCUGACGGCGAAUGUGAACGUGCACGGCUACAUGAGCCAUCCGAUGUCACCGUACAUGACGACCGGUGCGCAGUACCUGCCAGCGGAAGUAAGCUCCGGGCAGGAGAUCCAGCUGCUGCAAACGGCCCCCAUCAUGCAGCCGAGCCGUGGCACGAUGCGCCGUGGUGGUCGCAACAAUCGCGGUGGCAACAAUUCGCGCUCUCGCGGUGGCUACGUACCGCACUUUAUUCAGCAACAACAGCAACAGCAGCAUCAACAUCAGCAGCAACAACAACAACAGCAGCAGCACCACCACUUUCAUCAAUCGCAGGUCGGAGGAGCAGGCAUGCAAACGCUCGUCCAUCAUCAGGGUGGCCAGUCGGCCCAGGCGCUGCAAUCCCAGCAGCAACAGCAGCAAGGUGGUCCGGGAGGUGGUGGUAACGGUGGGCAACAGCAAACGCCUCCAACGUCAUCGGGCGGUGGGCAGUCGCAGCAGCAACAGGGACCACAUCAUCCACCACCGCAGCACACGCCCGAACUCAUCCACAUGGAUGCACCGAUGAUGGGUGGUGCGGGGCAGUACGGUGGAUACGGGUACCUCAUCCCGGUCAUGCCCUCGCAGCAUCAUGCGGCGCAGCAUGCUACCGGGACACCGUUGUUUAUGAACACCCCACAAAUGGCGAUGUUCUAUCCGCCUUCGAUGCAUGGCUACCCGUCCGGUUAUCCGUUUCAGGUGGUUUACCCUUCUCAGGAGUACCCUCCCAUGUACGAUGACAAGGGUGACGAUCAGCAGCAACAGCAGCACGGUGGCGGUGGCGGACCAGGAUCGCACGAGGAGGCGGGAAUGCAUGCGGUGGCUGAAGGUCAUCCCGGUAUGUGGGCCGGACCGCCGAUGACAGUGGAGUAUCACACGAUGGAACAGUGCGAAUAUCUACAGGGACACGAGGACGAUGGCAGUGGUGGGGGCGCUCUUAUGCAAGGUGGUCCUCCGCCACCGCAACCACCACAAGGCACCGGUAUGCCACCACAGGCUGCCACCGGCAUGACGCACCACCAUCAUGUGCUGGACCCGAAUGUGCCCGGUUUCACGAUGCAAAUGCAAGCACCGGAUGAGUUUUUGGCAUUGCAGGGACCACCACCACCACCACCGUCACAGCAGAACGGAGCGAAUGGGAUGCCGGGCGAAGAUUAUAACGUGCUGAAUAACAACACAAUCAUCACUGCUAUCGCAGGAACCAAUACCUCAAGCAACACCGGUGAAGGUGCAAUACUGGAGCAUCCACCGCCGCCGGUUACGAUGAGUGGAGAUGUACCGUCACUGCCACAGCACAAUGUUGUUCAUACGCAGGCCGGGGAGAUGGUGAUGGGUGAAGGUGGUUCGGCGGGAUACCUUCUAGCACCUCACCAGCAACAGCAGCAACAGCAACAACUCCAUCAGCAGCAGCCACCACAUCAACAGCAGCAACACCAUCAGCAGCAACAGGCAAAUCUCAUGAAUGCUGCUGUAUCGGUAGAGGGAGCGGAAUUGGUGUUGGUCGAUCAGCAGCAGUGUCAGCAGCAGGCGGACGGCGGGGGAUCGUUGAACAAUAACUUCAUUGUUGAUCAACAGUACAUUCAAUCGCACCCACCGCCUCACCUCACACCAAAUCCUGCUGUGAUUCAUCAUGCCCCACCGCCUGUGCCACAGCAACAACCGCAGGAACCGAUCGUUGUUCUGCACCAACAUCAGCCCGCACAAGAGAUUCCUAUGAACUUAACGGAACCUCCGCCACCAGCUAACAACCAGCAGCAGCAGCAGCAGCCACUGCCGCCAUUCAAUCACACCGUGGCAAUGCAUGCACAGCAACAGCCACCUACACAGGCGCCUCAAUUGGUACAGCCAGCACCGAACGCCAGCGCCGAUGUCGUCGAUCCGCAGCCGGUGAUGGUAGAAGCUGGCGCCAGCGAUACCAACAACAACUCAUCGAAACCAGGCGAUGCGGUGGUAAUGACCAAACUGUCCACCAUUACACCGCAACAGCCAUCCAUUGUAAAUACUGGCACCACCACCCACAACCACAACUCCAAAGCGACCAACGCUCAUCAACAGCAUGCUUCACAGCAGCAACAUCAACAAACUUCCACUGCAAUGGCUGGGCAUGUGCCAAACCCUAAAGUGACGCAGCGGCAGCAGCAUCAACAAACAGCGCCACAAUCAUCUCAGCCACACCACAACAUCAGUGGUUAUGCCGAGGUUACCAAAGGCGGCGUUCACGAGCGGAUGGAGAAUCUUUCGCUGAAGGAUGAUCGGCGCCCAUCUUCCUAUGCAGCGGCAGCAACAGAAGGCACACAAGGACGCCCACCAGCUGCCGCUCCUUCGCAACAGUCUUCUCAACACGCCCCGAACGCUGGUGGUGGUGGUGGUGGUGUAUGGGCAAACAGUGGCCAUGUCGGUACUGGCGGAGUAUCGAAGAAAAGUACGGCGUCCGUAUCGGUUUCGGCUAUACCGAAUAAGGAAUUCAGUAACCGGAGCAAGAAUACCUCUCACGCAACGGCCGCCGAGCUGUCAACAGCAACAGGUGCUGCAUCAAAUGUCUCACAACAAACGUCCUCAUCGACCGGUUUUCGACAAUCUUCCGCCGGUUCUGCUGGUCAGAAAACAAUGGCAAACGCGGUCAGUAACGAUUCGGCAGUGCACCACCAUCACCAUCAGCAUCAGCGACAUGCAAAUGCUGCUAGUUCGAUUGGUAGCAGCACCACCGGACAGGCAUCGGGAACGACAAUGGGAGGGAUUGCUGCGUCGGCCCCACUACCACCACAGAUGGAAUCG